GACAUUCAAUGAUGAAGAGCUUGAAAAGUGUGUUGCAGGCUCCGCAAGAACACUAUAUUCAAUCUUUUGCUCACUAAAUGAUCAUCAGCUUCAGAGAACAUCCUGACACCUUCAAUCAGAUCAUUUUUCGCCAAGAUAUGGCACGUUUAAGGGAUUUUCAUCAGUUUUAAAGCUAAAUUCCGGGUAUUCCAAAUGCAUAUGUCAUGUUGUCCACCACGAACAAUGUUUACCCUUGGAUAACAACACAUUUGAGGUUAUCUAUUUCUUAUGGAAACUCCAGUGCCGCUUCAUCGCGUCACUGGGUCACUGCUAUGAGCUGUCACAAUACGAAAAAAAAAAAUCUUGAGUAUAAACAGCACCGAGGACAGUGUGACUAAUGGUGUGAGGUUGACCUCUUCCUGGUGCCACCAUCCAGCGAAUUGUAAUGUAUUAUCAUUACCGAGCAAUUCCAGAAGCCACAUUUCUCCAGAAACUCUUCAUGAGCAUUUGAUCUCGAAGACUUUAGAAGGACAACGUGAACAGUCAUGGAGACGAUAAUGCGGGACAGGAUAAUGGGGUUCGCCAAUGUGGUCAUGAGAGUCCCCCCUCUGUUCAUCAUCGAUGAACUAUUAAGGAUCAGCCUGGGGGUACCUGAGGAGAAUGUAAUCGUACUAUCUAACGAAACAGUUGUAGAUAAUCUGAAGGUCAGCAGUGUGCAAAAUACAAUUGUCGGUUCCUUGGUCUCAGCAGAACCAUUUUUUAUGAAACAAUUUAAUAUUGACGACUACCUCUAUCAGACAAAUGUAAUCACACCCAUGAAAUUCUUCGCGUGUUGCUCGGGUAUCCUCGCGUCAUUGUAUAUAUUCAUGCUGUGGACAAAGCAUCUGAUUGUUGUCUACCUGUACCUGAUAUCAGUUGGCACGAUAUUUUUAUCCUACUGGUCCAACGUUAGUACGAUGAAAGCCGUUAUUGCCUAUGUAAAUUCAUUUGACACAUCGACGAGCAUAUUGGACGAUAUACUGUGUUUGAACAUCAGUCAACUUAUGAGUUAUGGCCCUGGAAUAAUGGUCAUCCAGAAUUAUCUGCUGCAGAGUCUAUUUGCGUGUAUAUUCUGCUACAUUCAUCUGGCCCCACGUCAUCCGAUACUCCAAAAAUUACUGGCCGCCAGUUUUUUGACACCUUCUGUACUGGCGAUCACUCCGUUACCAACAAAUGUUCUCCACCAUGCGCCAGUAUUCAGUACGCUCCUUCCCCUGGCGGUCACCAAAUUCAUCCUCUGGUACAAUAGCCUAGCAAUGCUGAAGAUAAUUCACGCUGGCUACAAGCACGCCCGCACCUUCAUCAGCAAUUACGGUCUCUCCGCCCUAGCCGAGAUCGAGUGGAUCCGUCUGAACGUUCCAAACGUUCUUCGCACCUUUUGGAUGCUGAGGGUCAGCGAGCAAAUAAUCCAGAUACUGGGUAACAACUACGGUGACGAGACCCUCACCCUCUGCACAAUGAUCAAGACCCUCCUGGUGAAUGGCUGCGAAACAUUGACAGCUGUCCUGGGCAUGACCAGUAUCAUUUCCUACAUCUGCCACCACAUCGGUGGCUUCUUCCAGUGGGUUCUCCUCACCGAGCACAACGACGAGAAGAGCAUUGGCACAGUAUCCGCCAUAUUGUUCUACAUACUGGCCCUUCAGACUGGUCUCACCAGUCUCGAUCGUGACAAACGUCUCGUCAAGCUCUGCCGAAAUUUCUGCCUCCUCUUCACAGCUGUUCUCCAUUUCGUUCACAAUAUUGUCAAUCCACUCCUGAUGUCCUUGAGUGCCUCUCACAAUCCAGCUCUUCACAGACACCUUCGGGCUCUAGCUGUCUGCGCCUUCCUCAUAAUAUUUCCAGUCUCACUUCUCGUCUUCCUUUGGUCGCACUUCUCCAUCAGCACUUGGCUGCUAGCUGUCACCGUCUUCAGCAUCGAGGUAAUCGUCAAAGUGCUGGUGUCGCUCUCCAUAUACUCUCUUUUCCUCAUUGAUGCUUAUCGAAGCACCUUCUGGGAGCAGCUCGACGACUGUGUUUACAUAAUUAAAGCUGUUGGAAACACGAUUGAAUUUGCUUUUGGAAUUGUCCUCUUCUUCAAUGGAUUUUGGAUCCUCAUUUUUGAAUCUGGUGGAGCUGUACGCGCCAUCAUGAUGGGCAUUCAUGCCUACUUCAAUAUUUGGAAUGAAGCCAAGGCUGGCUGGAGUGUCUUCAUGAAACGCAGAACAGCUGUCAACAAAAUUAAUUCACUUCCCGAAGCCAAGAUUGAGCAGCUCAGGAUGCUUGAUGAUGUCUGCGCUAUUUGCUAUCAGGAAAUGAAGAGUGCCAAGGUCACGAGGUGCAAUCACUACUUCCAUGGGGUUUGCUUGAGAAAGUGGCUGUAUGUGCAGGAUCGCUGCCCAUUGUGUCAUGAUAUUCUUUAUAAGGUCGAGAGCUCGCAGGAAGGGAAGAGUCAGCCUGUCGUUCCACAGAAUGAGGAAGGGCUCGCUCAUCAGCCUGAUGAUCUUGGUCAGGAGGGGAAUGAGGCGAGGGAGGAUGACGGGGGGGAGGAUACACAGGCGGCUCGAUCACCCGAAUCCAGGAUUUCUACUGUCUGACUCUUGUUGGGGAGCACAUUGUGAUAAUUAUUAAGUCAAUUUUCAGUUUUUUAUCGGGGAAAGGGAUGGAUGGAUAAAUUUUGUUGGAAAAUCUGGCAAAUGUAGUUGAUAAUUCUGUGGAGAUGGUAUUCAAGGUCUGGAUAGAGUCCUUUCGGAACGGUAUCAAUAUUCAUUUUCAUUUGAUUUUUCGUUUACAGGGCCCAGUUAUUUUAAAAGAAUUUUUUGAGGUGAUGGAAUUCCAAAAAAUUAUAAAUACAAACUAGAAAAUUUCUUACGAACUAGGAAAAAUAGGGAGCAUUUUUAAAGAGCCUUUUUAAUGAAAGUUGGAAAAUAAAUGAAUGUCUUGAUGGUCUCAUCGAUUGUGACAUCGGUUAAUUCAGUUUGUCGGUUGAUAAUUGAUUGAUGGUCGAUUACAGAGUGAGCUGAUGGGUGUUUUUUCCAAAAUAUCUCUUUGAUUUUUUUUAAAUAAGGUAUAUCAUGGCGAAGUCUUGAUGGGAUAUUAAUUGACAUUAAUUGAGUGACUUCAUUCGAUUGAUCAAGACUGAAUAAAUCAAUAUGAUGUUUUCAGAAAAACGCUCAUCUGGCAAUUCUGUAUAAUUAUCAAUCAAGUUUUUCGUCUCCAGUUUUCAUGAAUUAAUCAUAACAUUGGCUUAAAAAAUACCUAAAGUUUUUUCAAAAUCUUCUUUUAUUAAUGACAUAUAGGCGAAGUUUAUAACAUGAUAGAGUAAUAACUAUAUCUAUUUCUAAUUACAAUAUUCGAUUUCUUCGAGUUUUUCCAAAUGUAUAUUUAUAAUCUUCGGGAAUUUCGUAGUGACAAAAAAUCAGGUCAAAAAGCUACAGCUGUCGGGAUAAAAAAUCAAAUGAAAAACAGUCCAAUGAACGAUCGGAAAGUAGUUUAUCCGGAUCUCAAAUUUCUAUUAAUCUUCCGUCGAUUCUAUGGAUAUAGUCAAUGAACAAUAUUCUAUACGAAAGUUAAAAGAAUUUGAUUUUUCUGAACCACUUAUUCUAUUAAAGCAUUGGCUAUGGAAUUUCAUCGGUUAUAUUUUUUUGUUAUUUCUUUGUUGAUAAAAUACGAAACUGGAAUGAAAAGAAUUUGUUAAAAAACUCGAUGUAUAUUAAUUUUUUCUGUGGAAUAUUUUCUGUUAAAAAAUUCGAUAGAACUGUCCAAUGAAUACACUCGGUGUUUCUAUGGAACUAUGAUUUUUAAAAAUUGCCGUUGUCACUUGGCAAUUUUGUUAAAGGACAGCAAAAGGAUUUGUAACAUUGUCUCCCGAAUAAUUUUGCACAAUGAGAGAAAUUAACGAACAAAUUGCGUUGAAUUCGAUUGAUCAUUUUGGUGGAUCCUGUCAAAUUUCCAUCUAUUGGAAAUUCUGUAAUUUGUUUGUUAUGUUCUAUUGAGUAAUUCUGCAGAAAUUUUCAGUCAACAAUUUAUUGUGAAAUUUUUUAAUAGUUAAGAUCGUAGACAUUAUUGGAGAACAACUACCCGUAGAAUUUCAUUGUUGUAUGCUAACAUUUUUGUAAGACUUUUUCUGUACAAAUUCCUCUCUAUCAAUUUUCAAUGUUUUUUUUACUCGAAAAAAUUCGAGCUGAGGAGCUUUUAUAGAAAAAAACCUUAAGAGCAGUUUCACAUCACUUCCCAUGUAGAUUAAAUAACAUUAAAAAAAUGACUUUCAUACAUUUGCCGGCGCAUUACUGAUAAAAAAAUUGAUAGAAAAAUCUAGUGAGUCCGUUAGAAAAUUCUGUUGGUGUUCUAUUAGAAUUUCAUAUAUCUGUGGCUGAUCCUCUCAAAAUUUUUGAUAAACAAUAUUCGAUAAAGAAGUCAAUAGAAUUCGCUUUUUGUACAUGAAUUAUUCUAUUGACCUACUGUCCAUCGAAUUUCUUGGCCUCAAAUGUUUGACCUUUCGGUAUUUUUUACUCCAAAAAUAAGAAAAGGAGAAUACGAAAAUUUUGGAAAUCUGAAUGUUACUGAAUAUUGUCGGUUAAUGAUUUAAUGAGAAUUGGUGAACCAAUGGAAACUUGAAUAGAAAUUCAGCAGAAUAUUCUAAAAAAUUCUCUAGGUUUUUUAUCGAUUUUGUUAAUUUAAUCAGAGUCAGAGUUUUCCAGGUGAUUCUUCCUUAAUUUACGUUUCUUGGAUUAAUUUCCACGUUCAACAACCAAUUUAGUUGAUGACUGGGAGUGAAAUUUGGUAGUGAAGGAGGAACGGGAGAACUCAGAGAAUGCAACAUGUGUCACAUAAAUUUGUGAAAAAUAGUAUUUUUGUUAUAUUCUCCUUUAAUUUAUAUUCGAGAAAUUUCCUUCGCAGAAAAUCUGGUGCUUCUCAAAAAUCAAAUAACAUGGCAGAAUUUUUUUCUGAAAAAGCAAAACAAAACGUCGUUUUUUACCGUCAAAAAGUAAUUACAAUAUUUUUUUUUAAGUAAUUAUAUAGUUCCAAAUAAAUUAAAUAAAUUAAUUGAAUGUGAAUAUAACAGUCGAACCAGAGAAUUUAAAUAUAAUACUAAAAAUAAACCAAAAUAAUUCACUAAAUAAACUAUUCUUCUACGAAAUGAUUUAACAUAAUAAGUAGCCCAUUGUUACACAUUACAUUCGUAACAAUUGCAACCCUAGGGAAAUUUCUGCAUUACUUAUUUCAUGAAAUUAAUUAAAAAAAAAUUUUGAUUGAGUGAAUCUAUAAACAAUAUCUCAAUUGCAGACGUAAAUAAAUUCUCUUCUAUUGACUCUGUUUAUAGAAAAAUAUUUGUUAUUGAACAUUUCCAUAAAAUUGGUGAAAAACUACUAAAAUUCAUUAAAAAUCCAAUAAUUUUUCUGUUUCAUUCUCUUUUACGUUUGUCCCAUUUGUCCAUGUGAAAGUCAUAUAAAUAGAAAUGUCUCUGAAUAUAAUGAAGACAGCGUUUUUUCACCUUUUUUGUAAUGGAAAGUUCAAGAUUCCAAAAUUGUAAGUGUCAAUAUUUUUCUAUUUUGCUUCAGUUCAAAAAUGCCCAACAAAAACUUAUUUAUUAUCAAGAGAACUCUCGUUCCAUUCAUCCACUACCGAGACAGAUAUAGAAAAAGUCUUUUUUUUAUAAAAUAUGAGAAGUUGUUAAUUUGCUGGAAUCGAACAAUUCCGUCAAAACAGGGUAAUCGCUCUUUGUUUUGUGACUUCCAAGUUCCGCGAGGAUUGAAGGAGUGGAGAUGGGGAAAUUGUAUGUACAACACUCCCAAGGGUUGUAUGUAUCAUAAAAAAUCUAUAUUAAUCUCGAUGUCAUCAUCAUUGUACCUCUUAAAGAGAAAAAAGAAAUAUAAUUAUUUAAUUAACAUAUAAAA